CAGAAAUAAAAUUAUUUUGUUACUGAAUUUUUUAUCCAUUGAAAAUAAAAUAAAAUAAAAACCGUAAAUCUCGUGUAGGCGCGGAUCAGAACAGAACGAUCUGAGAUCUCAGACCAUGACUCGCCUUGCCGACGUGGUCGCUAUCUAACAAUUUCUAUUCACAUUGGGGUUCGCCCUUUUAUUUCCCUCGAAGCACGCGGGGCUGCAUUUGAUGUGUCCCUGCCAAACGCCACGGCGAUUUAUUAAAGGCGCCGAAAUUAAGAGGACCAAAUUCCACGUCAUACGAUCCAAAGCAGGCGCUCAUCACGUGGCCCAGCCCACCAAAGUGGACCAGGUUGUCCCACGUAAGCAAAUUCGAAUCCCUUCAUCCCACCCAUUCCGCUCGGACGACACGUCACCAUCAAACAAUAUUUAAAAAACAAAUUCUGCAGGGACCCAGGGAAGCUCGGAGGGUACAUAUGCACCACAGAAGCUGCUGCUCCCUCACCUCCCAACACCUGGCAGUACGGCCUACCACACCCUAUGAUAACCCAACCGGACCCUCUGCGCCUCUGCGGCUCCACCCCUCUGGAAAAUUCCCAUUCUGUUUCUCAAAUGACUCUUCUGUCCCUCGCCCCUUCCACUGGCCACGGCAAUUUCGUGGUUUAAAGGAAAAUCCAGGGGCGUUUUCGCACCAGAAUGCAAGUUGCCCCUUCGGCUUCUUCUUCUUCUUCCGUUCUGCUAUCUUCGCCCUUCCCAUAUGAUCUUAGUUUGCAGAGAGAGAAAAUAGGGUGAGAGAGAGAGAGAGAGAGACAGAGAUAGAGAGAUGAAAGGGUGUGAACUGUGUGGUUUUAUGGCGAGGGCGUACUGCGAGUCGGAUCAGGCGAGCUUGUGUUGGAACUGCGACGCGAAGGUCCACGGCGCGAACUUUCUGGUGGCCAGGCACUCGAGGACUCUUCUUUGCCAGGUCUGCCAGUCACUGACGGCCUGGAGCGCGUCCGGUCCGAAGCUCGGAUCAGCGGUUUCGAUGUGCGAGCGUUGCGUUGGUUGCUGCGGUGGAGCGAAGCAUAGGGCUGGAGAGGAGAAUGGAGGAGGUAAUGAUGAUGAAAUUAAUACAGAAGACGAGUGCGGUCAAGACGGUGAUGAUGAGGAAGAAGAAGUGGAUAGCGAUGACGGGGAUGAUGAGCUUGAUGUCGAUGUCGAUGUCGAUGUUGAUGGUGAUGAUGGUGAUGAAGCGGAUAAUCAGGUGGUCCCGUGGACCUGCACGCCGCCUCCGCCCGUUGCGAGCUCUUCGGGCAGUGAAGAGUCCUCAAGUAGGUUCUUCAGUUGCGAUAGAAAGGUGUUCGAACCAGCUACAGAAUUUUCUCUGGAACGAAUCCGUGAAAAUGCUUCAAAUCUCUCUUUUCAACGGAUCCGUGAAAAUGCUUCAAAUCCUUCUCUUCAGGAUGACCUAGAAUGUGCGCCGUGUCGGCGGAACCAUUCGGCGGGCUCGCCGGCGGAGGUAGAACCAGAAGCCGAUGCGGUUGACUCGUCGAGGCCUUCGAGAGACCGUCGAAGUAGACCAGACCGGCCGGUUAGAGUUCAGUCCGGUUCAAGAUCCGUGACGGUCUUCGACUCGCUGAAGAAGUCCCAUGAUCAAGAAUUCAAAAGGUUGAAGACGUCGAUGGCGUCCGGUGAAAGAGUGUCAAAAGCGGACGGUUGACGUUCAAAGAAAAGGCCCAGUAAUGAAUGUGCAACCGUCGAUAUUGAUUUCUGGGAGCAUCCCAUCCGUCCGAUGUGAGUUGGGUCCAUUUCUAGUUAACCCUAACCAACCACAGGCCCCCAUUUGAUAUCGUUUAACAUUAGGUAAUCUGUAUGCAUUAUAUGAUAUCCAGGUAAUUAGGGCAUGGAUUGUUUAUUCUAAUUCAUUCAAAGCUGAAAAUAUGGGCAUUACCUAUUACUUAGUUUUGGUAAUUUCAAAUUUCCUUUUUCCUAUUUUGUAUUUUGUGGGUUUAUAUUUGGUAAUUCUUCUAAGGCGGUUUAUAUUGAAGUUUUUUGGAUU